UCGAUACUUCAGAGAGCACAUUCGAUACUUGUUAGCCAUAAUAAUUUCGCAAACAAAAAUAAAAUAAAAAGGACUAGAAAAAACUUAUUAAAACUUUGGUAUGGGCGUGACUGUGCUACAACCGUAUCCCAUGCCCGAGGGUAAAUCUGGCGCCCAUAUCAUCGAUUACCUGGGUAAGCGUCUGCUCUCGCUUGGCGCUACGCAUGCCGGCCAAUUCCUGGUCGACUGCGAGACCUUCAUCUCGACACCGCAGCCGCACAAUGGUACACCGGGACGGGCGGUGCAUGUGCUGCACAACUCGGAGUAUCCAGCCUCGACGUUUUCGAUCAUCGACAGUGGGACCGGGAAGCAGGUCUCCCUGGUGGCCGACAGCAUAUUCGAUCUGCUGAUGCUCAAAAUGACCAACACAUUCACCUCCAAGAAGCAGACAAAGAUUGAAUCACGUGGCGCCCGGUUCGAGUACGGCGACUUUGUGAUCAAGCUCGGAUCCGUCACCAUGAUGGAGCACUUCAAGGGCAUCCUCAUCGAGAUCGAGUACAAGUCGUGCAUGAUACUGGCCUACUGCUGGGAGAUGAUACGCGAGAUGCUGCAGGGUUUCCUCAACAUCAAUGUGGGCAAGGAUUUCCCCUCGUACUUUGGCACACAGACCAUCAUGACGGCCAUGGGCCAGCAGCAGAUGCAUCCCAAGCACAACGACAUGUACGAGCCCACGGAUACGGUCAAGCAAUAUCUGGAGCAGUUCACCAACUAUCGGAAGCAUGUGUCCAUGCAUGGAUCCCUCAGCGGCACCAGCGGCAUUCAAACACUGGGUGGACAACAGCAACAACAACAACAGCAGCAGCAGCCCGUCCACAUGUCCCCCUCGCCGGUGAUGGGUGCGACGGGGGGCCUGGGCAUGAUCCGAUCCUGAUGCGAGGUCAAGCUGGAGCCGCCCGAUGCUCCUGCAGUGACACUACUGGAGACUGACUGAACGAUGGACGAACGAACGAUUCAUUGAAGAAAGAAACAACUACUCAAUGGUUUUAUUUUUGUAAUGUAUAUUUUUAACACAAUAGUUAUAUAUAUUAUAUAUAGAUGUGUAGGGUUGUGGUGAGUGUGUUUCCUCUCCUCUCUUUUUCCGUGUCUGUGUGUAAUCGUCUU